AUGAAACUGCCAAAAGAUCGAUCGGACCUGGGAAUCCCUUCUUGGCCUGUAGAAACGAGGGUUGGGCAAUCCAACCCGUCCCCGACCUGUAGUCGUCUCGGACACGCGCGGGAGGGAACAUUCAGCUCGUUCCCCUCUUCCUCCCUCUUCCUCCCCCGAUCCCGCCGCCGCCGUCGCCUCCGGCCCGCCGCGCCCGCCUCCGCCGCGCCCCGCCUCCUCCGCCCCGCCUCCACCGCGUCCCGGCCUCCUCCGCUCCGCCCGCGUCCCGGCCUCCUCCGCUCGGCCCUCCUCCGCUUUGCCCGCCGCGCCUCCGCCCUCCUCCCGCCUCGCCUCCUCCCGCUCGGCCCUCCUCUCGCUCGGCCCUCCUGCCGCCCCGCCUCCUCCCGCCCCGACCUCCUCCCGCUCGGCCUCCUGCCGCCUCCCGCCGCGUCCCGGCCUCCUCCCUCUGCCGCCGCGUCCGGCCUCCUCACUCUGCCUCGCCGCGCCCGGCCUCCUCCGCAUCGGCUCCUAGCCGCCGCCGCCUGGUCAAGAUGGAGAUGA